CUUCUGCAUCACCCAUCGCGCCUCACCACCAGCCUCGAAGCUACUACAUACGCCCCCAAGACAUAACACCAAAGAGUACGUUCCCCAUCACCACAAGUUUCUAAGAGAAAAUGGUAGGCCUGACCACCACGCCCGCCACCAUGUCCCUCCGCCCGGCCGACACAGACAGCAUCAUCCAGAAGGACAUCGAGGCACGCGACUGGAGCAAGAUGCCGGCGCCCCCGCGCCUCGCCCCCGUCGAAGACGCAGCGGACGAGAAGACCCUCUUCGAGCGGCGCGUCUCACGCCCAAGCAACCCCUUCACCAAGCGGCCGCGUCAGUACACCUUCAGAGCCCCCGUCUUCACCCCGAACUCGCCCCUCGACGAGGCCGCGACGCUCGCCAUCUCCCCGGGCAGGGGCCACAGCACCACGGGGCGCGCCAACCCAGGCAGGUCCCCCUUCCCGCCCCCCUCGGCGCUGCUGCGCUGCCUCCCCGACUUCCCGCACUGCCUCCCCCACCUGUGCGACCACCCCUCGCGCGCCCACUACCACCACCAGGCCACAGGCGAGGGGGCGCAGUGCCACAUGUGCGCCGAGGGCGAGGGCAGCAGCCCCACCAGCAGCAGCAGCAGCAGGGCGCUGCACGCCCUCCCCUGCGGCCACCUGAUCUGCGGCCGCCACCUGACCGCGACAGCCGACACGGCAGUCUCGACGGCGCUCGCCCGGCGCCCGCCGCAGGUGCGCGAGAACCUGGAGGCCGCGUCGCGCGAGCUGGCGCGCGUGCGGCGGGUGGGGUGCGGGGCGUGCGGCGCGGACAUGCGCCUCGGGGAGGGCGGGGACGGGGACGGCGGCUCGGUGCUGCUGCGGUGCCUGGACGAGGGGCUCGCGCGCAGGCUGUGGGCUGUGCGCUGGCGGCUGCUCGGGGCGGAGGGCGGUGGUGUUGUUGGGCCUGCUGCGCGGUACAACAUUUGA